GGCCGGGGCUGGUGGCAAUGCGCCCCCGUGUGGCGGCAGAGAGUCCCCGACCGGGCCCCGCCCCGGUUCCACUCCGUUCCGGUUUCGUUUUUGGAGCGUCUGAAUGGCCGAGGAGGAGCCGCAGCAGAACGGCAACCCCCAGGGUGAUCCCCCUUGCUCAGGGGUGCUGGAGGUUGAGGGGUGCCCCCCCAGUGUGGAACCGGAGUUACUGGUUCUGUACUUCGAGAGCCGGCGGCGCUCCGGGGGAGGCCCGGUGCAGAGCUGGCAGCGCCAUGGCCCCCAGCUCACCAUCACUUUCCAGGACCCACGCGACGCCCAGCGGGUGCUGGCCCGGAGUCCCCACUGGCUGGGGGGGGCCGAGCUGCGCCUGGCGCCGGCCCCGCCGUGGGACCCCUCCCGACUGCUGCUGGGGGGUCCGAACUCGGCGACCCCCCUGGAGCUGCUGGAGCCUCACCUAGGGACCCUCCUGGGCCGCCCCCCAGGAGCCUUCACUCUGUGCCGGGGUCCUGCCAGCUGGGGGCUGCUGAGCCUGCGCGACCCCCUCACUCCUGAAGAGCUGGCAGUGGUGGAGCAGCAGGCACAGUGUUGGGGACCAGCAGGGGCCGGGUUCCAACUGCGGCGGGUGCCACGCACCCCUCAGGUGCUGGUGAGGGCAUCAGUGCCAGGACUGAGCUGUGACCUCCUGGAGCUCUACUUUGAGAACCGACGUAGCGGCGGUGGCAGCGUCAGUGACGUGCAGAUGCUGCCAGGUGGGCAGGCUGCCAUCGUCACCUUCCAGCAGCUCGAUGUGGCAGAGCGGGUGCUGGAGCGGCAGCACCAGCUGCAGGGCACGGUGCUAAGCGUGGAACCCCACUACUCCUUCCUGGGGGCAGCAGAGAGGGAUGAGAGCCCAGUGCCAGGGGACACCCCAUCACUAGGCACAGCAAACACCCUGGGCACCAGCACCUCACCGGACACAGUCUCUUCAGCUCCUGCCAAGCUGAAGCCAACAGAACUGCCAGCAGAGUUGACCUCGAUGCCAGGGAAGCUGCCAGAUACCAUCCCUGGGGGUCACAAGGACACAGAGGGGGACGAGGCUUUGGCCAGGCGGUGGCAGUACCUGGAGCAGGCAGGGACAGUAUUGGCAUCAGCACAGGAUGAAGUGUUGGUGUUGGCUCAAGAUGAGAUGCUGGUGCCACCAUCAUUGGCACAGAAGGAAGUGCCGGUGGCACCAGCAUUGGCACAGGACGAGGUGCUGGUGGCAGCAGAGCCGGGUGCAGUGCGGUACCUGCAAUGGCACUACCAGGACCUCCUGGGCAGCAUCCCCGAGGUCUCUCUGGUGCCAUUGGAGGGAGGAGACGUUGCUGGCUUCCGGGUGAGAGGGGAACUGGGUCGGUGCCAGGCAGCUGCUGAGUUCCUCCAGAGCCUGCUGGGUACUGUGGGCUCUCAGCCAGUGCCGCUGCGGUUCCCUGGCAUUGCCCGCUUCCUGCGGGACCAGGCUGGGCGCGGCGUCCUGCACCAGCUUGAGAGCCGCUUCCAGUGCGUUAUCGACGUGGAUGGUGCCAGCUGGAGUCCCCCAGACCCCCAGCUGGAGCUGACAGACUUGCUCCCUGCAAGCUGCCACGAGGAUGUCCAGCACUGGCCUGGUGAUGCCAGCGGUGCCAGUGAUGGUGACAGUGACACUGAGGCCAGUGGCCUGGACUCCAACAUCGAGGAGAUCAAGGAGCUACUGGCAGCGCUGCACCCUGGAAAUGCCACUGAUGAUGCUACUGAAAAUGCCACCGAUGAUGCCAAGCAUGCACCAUGGGCUGGUACCGAACAGGAUGCUGUUGCUGAGCCCCUGGCCUUGGGCAGUGGGGAUGAUGCCAGGGAGCUGCAGUGGGGCACUGGUGAUGCCAAGCUGUCAGAGGAGGCACAGAUGGUGCUGGCCAUCCAGCGCUCCAUGGACAGCUCAUGGUGCCAGGAGCAGGAGGUGGCAGAGCUGGCACGUGCUACUGCUCUCUCCCUCCGCUCCUAUCAACGUGAGCAGCUGGCACUGCCCAGUGAGGAGGAUGAUACCAGGCUCCGUGCCGUGCUGGAGGCCUCGCUGGAAGAAGCAGCAGACGUGGCACGGGUCACCAUCUUCUGCUCCUUCGAGCAGGAUGUGUCAGUGCUGCCGCAGGCACUGGAGCAGGCACUGGAAGGGCAACUGCAGGCACAGGUGGUGGUGAGUGAGCGGCUGCGGGCACUGCCAGCCUCCUGCCUGGCUGCCCUGCGGCGCCGGCAUGCGGUGAGCCUCCAGUUGUCCCAUGACACUGCCACGCUGCAUGGCUUUGCCGAGUACACUGCAGCUGCUGCCCAUGACCUCCAGGCCCUGCUCCGGCACCUGCCAGAGCCAGAGCUACCCAAUGUUGGCACCACCACAGCAUGCUGGGUGCGGUGGGAAUCCUCUGGCACUGCCAUUCCCUACCCUGCCGAAGCUACGGAGCAGCUGGAGCGGGCCUGGCAGUGCCAGCAGCGCCGGCUGGACCUGGUGCUGGCUGGGCGUCCCCUCACCAUUGACCUGCAGCGGAUGGAGGAGUUCGACAUUGGCAGUGCCCGUGCCAUCACCAUCUCCCGCAGCCAGCCCCCUGCCCACAGUGACCGACACCUGCUUGCAGGGUUGGAGGUGCCAGGACUAGAGGAGGAAGUGCGGCUGCUGUCACUGCCUGAGGACUCAGAAGAGUUUGGUGCCACUGUGCGCCAGUUCUACCAGAGCCUGGAGGAGCAGCAUGGCAGGAUCAGCAUUGUUAGGGUGCAGAAGCUGAUCCACCCAUUGCUGUACCAACAAUACCAGCUGAAGAAGGGCAGUGUGGCACGGGAGUCUGCCCCUGGCACUGUGGUGGAGCAAGUGCUGUUCCAUGGCACCACCGAGGGCAGCAGCCGCGAGAUUUGCUUGCAUGGCUUCAACCGCAGCUUCUGUGGCAGGAAUGGUACCCUGUAUGGUCUUGGCGUAUACUUUGCGGUGUCAGCGGCGCUGCCAGCCCAGGACCGGUUCUCCCCGCCCAGCUCCGACGGCUCCAAGUUCAUCUUCGUGGCCCAGGUGCUGACCGGGGACUUCGUAAAGGGGUCCCCCGGGCUUCGUGCCCCGCCACUGCGGGCACAGCCCGGGCACUGCCCACCCCGGCGCUACCACAGCGUGGUGGACAACUCCCAGCACCCCACCAUCUUCGUCAUCUUCAAUGACACCCAAGCCUACCCGCAGUACCUCAUCACCUGCCGCCAGCGUGGAGGGGCUGCCAGAACCCCCACUGACCCGCCCUGACCCUGCCACGACACCCCCGGACCCAGUACCCCCGAUCCCACUGCACCAACCCCUGCCCAGGCAUCGGGGUUUGAGGGUCCCAGAGCAGCCCCGGGUGCUGAUGGUGUGGGCAGGAUCCCUGCUCCAGGGGGUAUCAGAGUCUGAGGGCUCAGGCUGGAGCACUCAGGGGUCACUUCCGAUGGCACUCUGACACAGUACCCCCGGUCCCUCCACUCCCACUGCACUAGUCCCCGCCCCGGGCCAGGAUCUGCGAGGUCCCGAGCAGUUCCAGGGGUCAGGACCUCGGGGGGUCCUCCCACUCAGGUGUCACUCCUGCCCUUGCCCACUUCUUUCAGGCCCUGCACUAAGGGAGGGCUCAGGGGUCCCUGGGGUCUAAGGGGAUCUUUGCCCUGGGGCUUCUUAAGCUUUAGGGAGGCUCUGUCCCGGGGCAGGUCCCGGAGACCCCCAAGCUGAGAAUAAAUUUGGUGCCUUUCA